AUGCCUUCAAAACUCGCGAAAGUGCACAAGCAAAUCACCAAGAAGAAAGGCGACAAGAUCAAAUCCCUCCACGAGAACAGCAGAGAUGCAAGACGACUACGGAGGGCUGGAGCGCGGGACGACCGGGUGGCGAGAGUGAAUGCCGUUCGUCAGAAGACCAAUGGGCUAUGGUUGGAGAGGGUCAUGUUCUUCCAGGACCGUCUACCUGACACGCUCCACCCACUGGCCGUUGAGGACAUCAAAGCUUUGACCGAAGACUACCUCGGGCGGCACAGUGAUGAGCUCGGUGAGCUGAAGGCUGAGCGCCGCACUGGCCGUCCCGCAAGCACGCGACAGACUCUGCUGGAGCAGCAGCGGACGAUGGAGCUGCAGGAGUACGAAAGUGGCCUGUGGAUGCCGAACCUCCAGGACGAGCAGACUCUGGUCAAGUUGGACGCGUGGAAAGGCGACUGGGUUGGUCUUGGGGUCAUGAGGUUCAUCAGGGUGGACAAGGAAGGAGGCGUGAAGGAGAGUCAGUUCCCACCGCGGGGCGCGUCAUGA